UGGAGGGAGGGAGGGGUAGGUACAAUCCUGAAUGGAAGGAGUUGGGCGGGUGUCAUUAUCUUUAGGUUUUUAUUUUCCUCUCCCUAUCCCAACAGAAAGAGGGUAAACGGAACAUUCUCUAUUUGAAAGCAUAGCUGACUAUUAUACUGUAUAUUAAAUUAAGAAUGUUCAUAUCUUUGUGUUACUGUACCUAAAAAUGUAUUUUCAUUCUACUUUUUUUUGCAUAUAUGCAAUGUAAAUAUGCUGUACAUUCUAAGGGGAAAAUCCCCAAAAAUCUUGUGUUAUUGUAAAAUUGUAUUUAGUAUUGUAUAUAAUAUUGUAAUGUCUUCUAAUUCAAAAGACAAUAAGUUGCAUGAAUAAGAAUCAAAUCAAAUAACGCAAGUGAGUGUUUUGUUGAAAAAUGUGUACUGUACUGGUGGUCAAACUCCAAAUGAAUGUGUAGCCUUGAAUCACACCCUUAUUGUGGUGGUGAAUAAAACCUGUUGUUUCCAAUUAAAUCAAAUAUUGUAAUUAAUGUUGUUGUAUUGUACUGGAACAAAUGACAACAAACUUUAAUAUAAUGGGUUCAAUUAAGAAAAGUUCUGAUUUAAGACGUAUCAAAAUCCUAUAGGAUCCAAUAGGAUUCCAGUAGGAUUCUGAUAGAGCUGACACAACAUCCUAUAGUGUUGUGAAAAUCUUAUAGGAUUUUAUUGGAAAAAUCACAAAUUUUGUAAGAUUUUUUUGACUAGGGAUGCCUUGAAUAGUUAUUUGUCUUACAGUGUUUUGUUGAUUAUGUUAAAGGUCUUCAACGCAGUAUUUUUGUGUGUUUUUCAUUAUCAUAUGAAUCAUUAUAAAUUGCAUACAGUGUAGUUUUGCACAACUAUUAAAAUUCAAAAUCACUAUAUUAACAUGCAAACAUAUUUCUUACAGUGAAAUCGAUAAAUUCAAUCAUUACUCACUUUAAAGGUCAAUUGCAGCUGUUUUUUUUAAAUAUCUAUAUCAAAUCAUUUCUGGCUAACAAUUAAGUACCUUGAUGUGAUUGUUUUCAAUUAAAAUUGUAAAAAAUAAACAAACAUUGCUCCUUAGCAAAGAGCAAUUACUCAAGCAAUUUUGCUUGGACUAUCUGGGAGUGGUGGGGGGAAAACUGAGAGCUAGCUGUUAUUGGCACAGAGAUUUGGAACUCUCUUUCUUAUUGAUUUAUUGACUAAUUUAAACCCUGGUGAUGUCACCGGGAGGCCAAACCUCCCUCCCCACCAAAACAGGCAAAAAUUGCAGGUGACCUUUUCUAAUAGCUCUUACACUAAAAGGGCAUUAUCAUAUUUUCACAAUUUCCCAGUAUUAUUCUAACCUGUGGAAAUAUACACUUGGUGGACAGUUUAUUAGGUACACUCAUCUAGUACCGGGUCGGACCCCCCUGGUCAGCAACAAUGUUCAGAUACGCUUUGGCAUUCAAAGGUGUCUCAAUUGGUAUCAAGGGACCUAACAUGUGCCAGGAAAACAUUCCCCACACCAUUACAUCACCGCCACCAGCCUGUACCGUUGACUCCAGGCAGGAUGGGGCGAUGGACUCAUGCUGCUUAUGCCAAAUCCUGCCACUGCCACCAGCCUGUACCGUUGACUCCAGGCAGGAUGGGGCGAUGGACUCAUGCUGCUUAUGCCAAAUACUGCCACUGCCACCAGCCUGUACCGUUGACUCCAGGCAGGAUGGGGCGAUGGACUCAUGCUGCUUAUGCCAAAUCCUGCCACUGCCACCAGCCUGUACCGUUGACUCCAGGCAGGAUGAGGCGAUGGACUCAUGCUGCUUAUGCCAAAUCCUGCCACUGCCACCAGCCUGUACCGUUGACUCCAGGCAGGAUGGGGCGAUGGACUCAUGCUGCUUAUGCCAAAUCCUGCCACUGCCACCAGCCUGUACCGUUGACUCCAGGCAGGAUGGGGCGAUGGACUCAUGCUGCUUAUGCCAAAUCCUGCCACUGCCACCAGCCUGUACCGUUGACUCCAGGCAGGAUGGGGCGAUGGACUCAUGCUGCUUAUGCCAAAUCCUGCCACUGCCACCAGCCUGUACCGUUGACUCCAGGCAGGAUGGGGCGAUGGACUCAUGCUGCUUAUGCCAAAUCCUGCCACAGCCACCAGCAUAACGCAACAGAAACCAGGAUUUGUCAGACCAUGCAAUGUUAUUCCACUUCUCAAUUGUCCAGUGUUGGUGAUCGCAUGCCCACUGGAAUCGCUUGUUCUUGUUUUUAGCUGAUAGGAGUGCAAUAGCCCAUCCAUGACAAGGACCUUGUGCGUUCUGAGAUGCUGCUCUGUAGAUCACUGUUGUUCUGCGCCGUUAUUUGCCUGUUUGUGGCCUUGCAUGAUUCUUGCCAUUUUUUUCUCGACCUCUCUCUGUUUUCGCUGACAGGACUGGCGCUGACUGGAUGUUUUUUGUUUGUCGCAUCAUUCUCGGUAAACCCUAGACACUAUCGUGAGUGAAAAGCCCAGGAGGCCGGCCAUGCCUGGCAUGCCAUUUUGCCCAUUCUAAUGUUCAAUCGAACAGUAACUGAAUGCCUUGAUGCCUGUAUGCCUGCUUUAUAUAGCAAGCCACGGCCACGUGACUCACUCUCUGUAGGACCUAAAUAUGUUCGUGAAUGGGGUGGAGUACCAAAUAAAUUGGCCAAUGAGUGUAUAUAAAAAAUAGGAAAUCAGUUUUUGUAUCUAGUUGAAUUCUACUUUUUGUGCAGUAGGUGGCGUAAAGUUCCAUUCUGAACUCAGGCCCCCCAAAAAAGGUCCAGGAAGAUAGAAAUCAAAUAAUAUCAAAUCACAUUUUAUUGGUCACAUACACAUGGUUAGCAGAUGUUAUUGUAAGUGUAGCAAAAUGCUUGUGCUUCUAGUUAUAACAGUGCAGUAAUAUCUAACAGUAAUAUAACAAUUCCACAACAACUAUCUAAUACACACAAAUCUAAAUAAAGUGAUGGAAUAAUAAUAUAUACAUAUAAAUAUAUGGAUGAGCGAUGACCGAGCGGCAUAGGCAUGAUGCAAUAGAUGGUAUAAAAAACAGUAUAUACAGUGAGGAAAAAAAGUAUUUGAUCCCCUGCUGAUUUUGUACGUUUGCCCACUGACAAAGAAAUGAUCAGUCUAUAAUUUGAAUGAUAGGUUUAUUUGAACAGUGAGAGACAGAAUAACAACAACAAAAAUCCAGAAAAAAAAUGCAUGUUAAAAAUGUUAUAAAUUGAUUUGUAUUUUAAUGAGGGAAAUAAGUAUUUGACCCCUUCUCAAUCUGGAUUGUUUUGUUGUUAUUCUGUCUCUCACUGUUCAAAUAAAACUACCAUUAAAAUUAUAGACGGAUCAUUUCUUUGUCAGUGGGCAAACAUACAAAAUCAGCAAAUACUUUUUUCCCUCACUGUACAUAUGAGAUGAGUAAUGCAAGAUAUGUAAACAUUAUUAAAGUGACUAGUGAUACAUUUAUUAAAGUGGGUAGUGAUUUCAAGUCUGUAUAUAGGCAGCAGCCUCUCUGUGCUAGUGAUGGCUGUUAAACAGUCUGAUGACCUUGAGAUAGAAGCUGUUUUUCACUCUCUGGGUCUCAGCUUUGAUGCACCUGUUCUGACCUCGCGUUCUGGAUGGUAGUGGGGUGAACAAGAAGUGGCUCGGGUAGUUGUUGUCCUUGAUUUUUUUGGCCUUCCUGUGACAUCGGGUGCUGUAGGUGUCCUGGAGGGCAGGUAGUUUGCCCCCGGUGAUGCGUUGUGCAGACCGCACCACCCUUUGGUGGUAAUGGGCGGUGCGUUUUCCGUACCAGGCUGUGAUAAAGCCCGACCAGAUGCUCUCAAUUGUGCAUCUGUAAAAGUUUGUCAGGGUUUUAGGUGACAAGCCAAAUUUCUUCAGCCUCCUGAGGUUGAAGAGGCGCUGUUGCGCAUUUUUCACCACACUGUCUGUGUGUGCAGACCAUUUCAGUUUGUCCGUGAUGUGUACACCCAGGAACUUUAAACUUUCCACCUUCUCCACUGCUGUCCACCGAUGUGGAUAGGGGGGUGCUCCCUCUGCUGUUUCCUGAAGUUCACGAUCAUCUCCUUUUUUUUGGGACGUUGAGUGAUAGGUUGUUUUCCUGACACCACACUCCGGGUGCCCUCACCUCCUCCCUGUAGGCUCAUCGUUGUUGGUAAUCAAGCCCACUACUGUUGUGUCGUCUGCUAACUUGAUGUUUGAGUUGGAGACGUGCAUGGCAACGCAGUCAUGGGUGAACAGGGAGUACAGGAGAACGCUGAGCACGCACAAUUGUGGGGCCCCAGUGUUGAGGAUCAGUGAGGUGGAGAUCUUGUUUCCUACCCUCACCACCUGGUUUGGCAGCCCGUCAGGAAGUCCAGGAUCCAAUUGCACAGGGCGGGGUCGAGACCCAGGGGCUCAAGCUUAAUGAUGAGCUUGGAGGGUACUAUGGUGUUAAAUGCUGAGCUGUAGUCAAUGAACAGCAUUCUUACAUAGGUAUUCCUCUUGUCCAGAUGAGAUAGGAAAGUGUGCAGUGUGAUGGUGAUUGCAUCGUCUGUGGACCUAUUGGGGCUGUAUGCAAAUUGAAGUUGGUCUAGGGUGGCAGGUAAGGUGGAGGGGAUAUCAUAGUGAUUGCGGCGGAGCGGUUCCUGGGGCCGAAAGAUUACAUGCAAUAUUACAUGCAAUAUUAGCACAAGUCCCUCCCACUUAGAUCCUAGAGCCUGAGAAGGGAGAUAUGGAGAACUGCUUUGCUUUAUCUUGGCCAGGUCUCAGUUGUAAAUGAGAACUUGUUCUCAACUGGCCUACCUGGAUAAAUAAAGUGAAAUAAAAAUACAAUUUAAAAAAAGAAGGGGUCUCCCAGGCGGCACAGUGGUCUAGGGAACUGCAUUGCGGUACUAGCUGUGCCACCAGAGACUCUGGGUUUGCAGCCGGCUGCGACUGGAAGGUCCGUGGGGUGACACACAAUUGGCCUAGCGUCGUCCGGGUUAGGGAGGGUUUGGCCGGUAGGGAUAUCCUUGUCUCAUCGCGCACCAGCAACUCCUGAGGCGGGCCAGGCGCAGUGCACGCCAACCAAGGUCGCCAGGUGCACGGUGUUUCCUCCGACACAUUGGUGCAGCUGGCUUCCGGGUUGGAUGCGCGCUGUGUUAAGAAGCAGUGCGGCUUGUUUGGGUUGUGUUUCGGAGGAUGCAUGACUUUUGACCUUCAUCUCUCCCAAGCCCGUAUGGGAGUUGUAGCGAUGAGACAAGAUAGUAACUACUAAUAAUUGGAUACUACGAAAUUGGGGAGAAAAAGGGGGUAAAAUUCACAAACAAACAUAUUUUUUUUUAAAGAAGGAAGACGUUUUUUGGCAAUGUACUAUUUUUUAUUAGGGUGUAUUAAGUAUUAAGUUAGUUUCAAUAUUACGUAUUAAUUAAUUAAUUAAUAUAUUUUAUAUUGGUUUCAAACCGUCCAGUUGGUGGCGGCAAUACACCUUUUUGAAUGUAGUCCGCCAUAAAACCCACAGAAGAAGAAGACGAAUACGAAGAUGAAGAAGAAGAAGCGAAAACGGAAAAAACGAAAACGACAAAGAAGAAGAAGAAAAGAAGAAGAGGAAAACGAAGAAGAUUUUUAUUUUUUAUUGCAGGUUUGCAAUUUCCUGCACAUGCGGAGGUUACUUCUGGUUUCUACCACAGUAGCCGCAAUACAGUUUUCAUUGAUACAUCGCAAAAUAUUUGGCUACUUUGCAGAUUCAGUACAUGUAUUUAUACAUUUGUUUAGUCAUCAUGACGGGAAUACCACCAGAUACCUGGCAGCCACCCACAGUGAGCCUGGAGACAACGUAAGCACCGAAUGGGUACAAUUGUAGUGGAACUGUACUGGAGACAUGCUCCCAAAACGUGCAAAAACUUUGCUGAGUUGGCCAGGAGAGGUUACUACAACAACACCAAGUUUCAUCGAAUUAUCAAGGACUUCAUGGUGCAGGGAGGAGAUCCCACAGGAACAGGUCGUGGUGGUGCCUCCAUAUUUGGCAAACAGUUUGAAGAUGAACUAAACCCUGACUUGAAAUUCACGGGUGCAGGGAUCUUAGCAAUGGCCAAUGCAGGACCAGACACCAACGGAAGACAGUUCUUCCUUACCCUAGGGCCUACUCAGUGGUUGGAUGGGAAGCACAGUAUCUUUGGGAGGGUGUGCCAAGGUAUAUCAGUUGUCAACCGCGUCGGCAUGGUUGAGACGAACUCACAAGACCGACCUGCCGAUGACAUAAAAAUCCUCAGGACAACUGUACCCAACUGAGACUCAUUCAUACAACCAGCAACUACUUUCUUGUACAGUUAUUUUGUCAUGAUUUAUGCCUUUGAUUAAUUUUGUUAUUCUCAAAUCAAUAAUGUAGCCUAACCAUUGUGGUCAUUAUCACUAAAAUGAUUGAGUCACAUGGUAGAAAUGACACACUUGAGAAUAUGCCUGAUGUUUAUCUAAUGAUUGCAGAUAAAUCUCAACCUGAAACUUGAACAGACUUACCACUGGAGGGAGACAAACAACAGAACAUACAGUAAUGUUGGUCUUUUUCAUAAGACAUGAUAUUUAUUAAAAAAUAUUUAAAAAGCCUA